CUUGAUCUUGGCAAAGUUUCCAGGUCAGGUCUGCCCUGGGCAAGGCUCAACGGGCUCAACGGGCUCAACGCUUGACAACGCUGCGCUGUGCUGCCAGCCAAAGAACAUGAGGGAGUUGUUGAGAGAGGAAGAACAGAAAGAACAGAGAUUGCCUUUGAAGGCAGCGGAGCCGACGCCGCGCAAACUGGCCGUUUUUUCCGUGCUUUCUUUAGCAACUGCUUUGCUUGAAAGUCUUGGAUUGAGCCCACAUGGAAAGUCGUGUCAGAGCCAACGAAGACUAGAAGCCAGCGAGGAACCCGACCCGAACUUGACGCCGGACGAGCAAAAAGCUCAUAUCCGGAAGCGCACCUGCACAGAUGUGUUUUGCGUGCUUCUGUUCGCUGGUGCGAUAGUUGGCCUCUUUGAAGUUCUGCGAUAUGGAUUUCAGAAUGGAGACACGCGCCGGAUCUACUAUGGCCUGAACUGGGAAGGUGAACUUUGUGGCCUUGAUGAGCCAGUCAAGGACAAGCCACUGCUCUAUUGGUGCACAAAGCCAGGGGACUCAACCUUGAGCGAGGAUCUUCUGAAUAACUUCAGUCUGCCUACAGAGCUCAAAGAUCCGUCUGGAGCUAUUGUGUCCCUCAUCAACAAAAUUGUAACGCCAGGUGAAGCGUUGGAUUUGCUUCACCCGAUUUGUGUGGCAAGUUGCCCCGUUGACAGCGGCAGUUUCCACCCGUGUUUGCAGUCCGUCAAUACAGAGAAAGGAACAAAGAGCUUCGAUGGCAGCUUCUUGCAGACAUCCGACUUUAUAUCAAAGUUGGUUCAAGAUGUUGAAACAAUCACCUUUGCUCAUCGAUUCUGCAUGCCAAAGGAGUCUUUUGCAUGGACGAUUGAGACUCUCAAUGAGACAGUGGAGGGCACUGCAACAGAGGUGAUGUAUGGACUGGCUGAAAUCGUUGAAGCGCGAAAGAUUUUCUUGUUUACAGGAUGUAUGGCAGUGGUCCUCAGCUACCUCUUCAUGUUCACACUUGACUGCCUAGCAUUCCCAGUGGUGUACACAACCCUUACUAUUUGCGUUGUGGGACCAAUCGGUGCUUCACUGUACUUCAUUUAUGGCGCUUUCCACCAGGAGAUUAGCACUGCACUCAUCGAGGAUGCUGGCUGGAAUGUGGUCUUGCCAGAAGCGAUCACCACAAGUGACAGAAAUUGGGACAUUAUAUGUUCCAUUUUGUGUUUGAUUCUGGGAAUUGGGGUAGCCUGCUUCUGGUGCUGCAAGAGCAAAUCCAUCAAUUUUGUCAUUGUGGCGGUCAAGGCGACCAUCCGUGUCCUGUAUGAUGUGCCGACUCUGAUUCUCUUGCCUUCACUGAACACAGCUGCGCGUGCCAUUGUGCUCAUUCUGGCAAUGUGGGGUCUUGCCCUGGUUGUCUCAGUGGGUGAAGUGGCAGCGUACGACAUCCACAGCUGGGUCCCACAGGGCCUUGCGAGGACCUUCGAGCACACGCAGGACGAACGGUUGUACAUUCUCUACUACAUUUUUGCAUGCGCAUGGAUCUACGAGUUGCUCCUGGCACUCCAACAAUUUGUUGUUGCGUAUACUGUCCUCAUUUGGUACAACGCCCCAUUGAACAACGGCAAGAAGAAAGUUCCGUGUGCUCCGAUUGUCCGCGCGGCCUUCAUGGGCCUCACCUACCAUUUGGGCAGUUUGGCCUUCGGUGCAGUUCUGCUGGCUUUCUUCAGAAUAAUCUACAUUCUAGUGACCUUCUUCUACAACCAGAACAAAAAGAACGAAGAUGAGCAGACCAAUGGUGUGGUGAAAGCGGCAACUGCUUGCUGCUGCUGUUGCCUGAAUUGCUUCGAGCAGGUUCUGAGGUAUCUCAACUCAGGGGCAUAUGUGAUGGUUGCUGUGAACUCCGACAACUAUUGCCAGGGUGCAGAUAGGGCCGUAAAGCUCAUGCUCACUGAGUUUGUUGCGAUCGGAGCCCUCGAAGGGUCAACAUUUCUCUUCCAGACGCUGGGAAACAUCUCUAUUCCUGCUGCUGGCGGAUACUUGACCUAUCUCAUGGUCACUCAACUAGAGCAGUUCAACAGUGUGGCCUCGGUGGACUACAUUGCUCAGCCCAAAGUCAUUGCUGUUGCUGGAGGUCUAGUUUGCCUCGGGGUGUCCAUGUCCUUCAUGUCCAUCUUUGAUACGGUUUCUGAUGCCAUGCUAUUUGCCUUCAUGACCGACGAAGACUGGAGGAAACAGCACGGGCUUCCACCCAAUCCGAACAUCCCAGAGAACUUGAUGGGGCUUAUCAAAGCUGGAGAAUCAUGAUCAAUUCGCCUUGGGGCGCUGUCAACAGGGUCAACCCGAUCAGCCAAAGUGUUGUCGGUUUGACUCCGUUAUGGUCCCGAUUGCCCUAGUUUCACAAGCUAUUUGAAUGCUGAAAGAGUUGACGACGGAUCGCACCGUUUAGCUG